AUGGCUGGACAAGGACACCAGUUUCCAGGAAAUUUUCAGGGCAACCCUGGUGCUAUGCGGACUGGGUAUGGUGCGGGGCCAAUGAGUGGUCAAAUGCCGCAAAUGCCAAAUCAACUGACAGGGGUUAUGGCUGGAGCUAUGGGUAAUGCAGGUAUGGUUGGAAUGGGGAAUCAGAUGGUGCCACCAUAUGGAGCAGCAAUGCAAAAUCAAAUGGGUAAUAUGUCAAUGGGACCGCAAGGAAUGGGUGUAGGAGUUGGAGCUGGGCCAGGUUCAGGAAUGGGUCCCCAAGUGGUGCAACAGCAGGGAAUGCAAUCAGGCCCAGUGGCUGCACCGGCGGCGGUUCCCCAACCCGCACCCGCGCCUCAAAGUAAGGAGUUCAACACUGCAUCGCUAUGCAAAUUUGGCCAAGAAACGGUACAAGACAUAGUAAGUAGGACUCAAGAUGUCUUCCAGACAUUGAAAGCGAUACAGCCUCCAAACGGUACUCAACAUGGCGAGAAUGCAAGCAACGACAAGAAGGCGAAGAUGCAAGAGCAAUUGCGAACAAUUCGGUUACUGUUCAAAAGGCUUCGUUUGAUCUACGAAAAGUGUAAUGAGACUUGUCAGGGUAUGGAGUACACCCACAUGGAAAGUCUCAUACCUCUUAAGGAUGAAGCGGAUAACAAAACACUAGAUGAGAGACGCAACACGGAAUCAUAUAGAUUGGCAUUAGAAGAAAAUAGGGAGUUAACAGAACAGGUGGUGCUAAAAAAUAAACAACUGAAGGAAGUUAUUACUAAUUUAAGAACAAUUAUCUGGGAAAUAAAUGUGAUGUUGACAAUGCGAAGAUCA